AUGGAGGUAGAGCAGCAGACUCUGAAAGCAACUUCUGGUAAGAAAUAUCAGAAGCAGUCUUGGUCAGAAGCCAAGAAGAGAUCUGAUGGUGUUCAGAAGUUAGAAACCUCAACUUCUGAAAGGCAGAAGAGUGCUAAGAAGGGGAAUGAGAAGUAUGACAAGAGCAAGGUUCGGUGCUACUGUUGUAAGAAGUUUAGACACUUUGCUGUUGAUUACUGGUGGUAUAUAGACACUGGAUGCUCAAAGCAUCUUACUGGAAAUAAGAAAUGGUUGGUUGAUUUUGACUCUAGAAAGAGGAUAAAGAUUAUAUGUGCUGAUGAUAAAUACCUCAAUGAUGAAGGUAUGGGAAAUGUCAGAGUAGUUCUGAAUAAUGGUAAAAGAACAUUGAUUCAGAAUAUGUGGUAUGUUCUUGGCAUGAAAAGCAAUCUGAUGAUUGUAUGUCAAUUAGUUGAGAAAGGAUUUUCAGUUACCAUGAAGGACAAUAUUUUGAACCUAUAUGACUGUAAUCAGAAGCUGAUUAUGAAGUCAGAACAGGGAAGGAAUAGAAUAUUCAACGUGAAUGUUAAAACUGCAAACUCUGAAUGCCUUAGUACAACAAGUGUUAUAAAGGAAAGUGAGAUAUGA